AUGGCGGAAGGACAACAAGACGGAGCAGCACCGGCUGCACCAGCUUCCGAGACCAGAACCGCUAUUGCCGGUGGAGCAUCGUCGAUGGGUGCUGGCGGACAAGACGCCUCUGUUGCGUUCGUCACCCAAACGUACACUAACUACGUCAACGAACUUCAAGGUGUAGCCGAGGGGUUGCGUCAACGCGCUCUUGCUCUUCAGCAAGAAGCACCAGCCCAACUCCAACAACUUCAGUCGCAGAUCCAGCCACAAACGCAAGAGCUUGUUCAGACUCUUCAAGAGACUCAAGCACCAAUUUCGAUUCCAACCAGUCAUGUGAUUGACAUUUUCGGAUGGUCAUCGAUUCUUCUUCUCUCGUCGACUCUUACUGGAAUUGCUGGAGGAUACCUUCUCACACCGAUCCUUGGCAUCUUUUUGGGACGUUUCGGAUCUGCCAUCCUUGCCUCGGUCGGUCUUCCAAUUGGAGCCUAUUUUAUGCUCAAAGAAAAAGAUGGAUCAACUGCGGAGUCGCGCUUCCAACUCCUCGCUCUCUCCGCCCUCCAAGGAUUGUUGAUGGGACACGCGGUCGCUCACACCUAUGUCGCUUCGCAGCCCAUCGCGUUUCUUACCCCAUUGAUCAUCGCUUUCGCUUAUCCACUCAUUGCCGGACAAGUUGGAACUGCCCACAUCCCACUUCUCGGUGGAGCUGUUGGAGCUAGUCUCGCGAUUAACCUCACCCUCGGGCUCAUCCUCGGAUACCUCUCUUUCUCGUAUCUUCUCAUGAGCCUUUUGUAUUCAGCGUCCGCCGCAGGAACCCUUCAGAUUGCUUUCAAGAAUUUGAAGGCUCCAUCGCAAAUUCACCUAUACCAGAUUGGAUUGGUCGCCUCGAUGCUCUUCUCCAAGGCCCUCGUCUUUGGAGUUUUCGGAGGAUCAGAACCCAUCAAGCAACAUAAUUAA